UCACCCACCUGAUGAAGCGUAUUCAGAGGGGCCCCGUCCGAGGCAUCUCCAUCAAACUGCAGGAGGAGGAGAGGGAGAGGAGGGAUAACUACGUCCCCGAGGUUUCUGCCCUCGACCAGGAGAUUAUCGAAGUGGACCCAGACACCAAGGAAAUGCUGAAGCUCCUGGAUUUCGGCAGCCUGUCCAACCUGCAGGUGACGCAGCCCACGGUGGGGAUGAACUUCAAAACGCCCCGAGGAGCGCUCUGAGUCAGUCGCUGUAUGUCACUUUUCCAAUAAAAGUAGGGAAA